GGAAGAGCGAGCGAGCGGCGAGGGCGGCAGGGAUGUUGUUGCCGGCGGCGGCGCGGGCGGACUACCUGGCGCCCUGGUGGGCCACCUGGCUGCACGGCUUGCCCCACCUCAGCCUGAGCCUGCAGCCCGUGCCCAGCGCCUUCCGGCCCAGGGAUGCCGACUACCAGCAGUCCUUGCUGUUCUUGGCCCUGCUGGGAGCUGUCUUUUUGGGCCUCAACCUCAUCUUCCUUGGCAUCUAUCUCAUCUGCCUAUGCUGCUGCAAGAAGGAAGAGGAGACAGAGACAAAAAGGCCCAAUUCUUGCUGCAUCACUUGGACCGCUGUGAUUGCAGGCCUCAUCUGCUGCGCUGCUGUUGGCAUUGGUUUCUAUGGCAACAGCGAAACCAACGAUGGGGUUUAUCAGCUGAUCUACGCCCUUGAUAAUGCUAAUCACACGCUCUCCGGGAUUGAUUCGCUGGUCUCCGGCACUACUACGAAGAUGAAAAUAGCUUUGGAGCAGCACCUGGCCCGGCUGAAUGAGAUCUUUGCCACUCGAGGAGACUAUGUGCAGACGCUCAAGUUCCUGCAACAGAUGGCAGACAAUAUUGUGCUGCAGCUCUCAGGGCUCCCUGUCUGGGGUGACAUGACAGUAGACCUGUCUCAGGUUGCCAGUGAGGUCAGCUAUGUGGAGUAUUAUAGAUGGCUUUCCUACCUCUUGCUGUUCAUUCUCAACCUGGUGAUCUGCCUUAUUGCCUGUCUGGGGCUAGCUAAGCACUCCAAAUGCCUGCUUAUUAUGAUCCUGUGCUGUGGGCUUUUCACACUCAUUCUCAGCUGGGCUUCUUUUGCAGUGGAUGUAUCUGCAGCAGUGGGUACCAGUGAUUUCUGUGUGGCCCCGGAUAAGUUCAUUGUGAACAUGACAAAAAGCGACCUAAGUGCAGAGAUUGUUCAGUACUACCUAUAUUGUACCCAAAGUCUCACCAAUCCCUUCCAGCAGGCUCUGACUAUUUACCAACGCUCCCUUACGACCAUGCAAAUCCAGAUUCAGGGACUCAUGCAAUUUGCUGUGCCUCUUUUUCCUACAGCUGAGAAAGACCUGCUUGGCAUACAGCAGCUGUUGAAUUACUCUGAGACCAGCCUCCACCAGCUGACUGCCAUGUUGGACUGCAGAGGUCUUCACAAGGAUUACCUGGAUGCUUUGAUUGGGAUCUGCUACGAUGGCGUGGAAGGCUUGCUCUACCUCAUUCUCUUCUCGAUCUUGGCUGCCGUGUCCUUCACCACCGUCAUUUGUGCUACGCCUCGUGCAUGGCAGCAUUUAGCCAGCAGGGAUCGGGAAUAUGACGACAUAGAUGAAGAGGACCCUUUCAAUCCUCAGGCCAGACGCAUUGCUUCCCACAACCCCAGCCGUGGGCAGAUCCGUAGUUUCUGCAGCUAUAGUAGCAGCAUGGGCAGUCAGACGAGUCUCCAGCCUCCAGCGCAGACCAUCUCCAAUGCACCAGUGUCUGAAUACAUGAACCAAGCUGUGCUCUUUGGUGGGAAUCCACGGUAUGAAAACGUCCCACUGAUUGGAAGAGGAUCGCCUCCCCCCACGUAUUCUCCAAGUAUGCGAUCAACCUAUUUAUCGGUUAAUGAUGAUCACAGGCGACAGUACGGCACCGAGGUUCAAGCCUAAAUCCCACCUUGUAAAGGAUGGCACACAAACUUUGUAGCAGAACCCAAUACCAACUGAAGGCAUGUGGAGUGCAGGGAGUAGAAUUGCCUCCCUGCUGAAGUGGCAGAGAAAGGUGUUCGGCGAAGGAGUGAGCCAAAGGAGACCUUCACUGGCCCACCCGAUAGUCUUCCAGGGGUUAUCCUUUCUGUUCGACUGGCAGCUGUUUUCACACUCAGUGUUUAUAGUCUUCCUCUCUUGUAUACGUACGAUGGUGCCCAGUACAUCCAUCCCCAGACCGAAUGCCUCUGAAGUCUUCUCUGUGACCCAUCGCCUCUUCCUGCUCCCUUCCUGACACCAGUGCAUUGUCCUUUCUGGCCUUUUUUAGCAAGGCAAGGUGAGGAAUUAGGAUUUGGACUGUCACACAUGUGUGCAUAGCUUAUCCACUUCUAUUUUCUUCCGCACUGACUUUGGGGCCCUUUUGUCCAUCAUUGAUGGUGUGGUCUGGGCUUUUUUAUUAUGAUUUUGUUAGAGCAAUUAAUAAAACUGUACAAGUAAAUAAAGCACCGACAUGUGGUGUACCUUGACCUAAGGAACGUGGGGUGCUUGCCAUGAAAGAAAAUGCUCCUCACUUCUGAGUCAAAAAUGCAAUACCAUCCACUACAGUGAAUUUCAUCUCUCCUCUGGAGAGGCCUCUGCACAAAGCCUAUGCCUGGCUUGGCUCUAUGCGACAUUUUGUUACCAUCACUACCACCACCACCACCGACACCAUCACCUUUUGACAGCACUGGAAUGGUGUAUAUGAUACAAGAUUCAUACACAGUGUUCACUUUUGUCAUCUCUUCCUUUGCUUCUUGAAUUGACAUUAAAAUCACCAACUCUUGCUAUGGUGGCCUCAGGUACUAUAUGGAACAAGCUGAAUUUCUUUUUGUUCUUUCACAAUUUGUUGUUGUUGCAUGUAUUAUUCUUUGUAUUUUCCCUCCAUUGUUUUUAUAUCAACUAUCCAAAGAACCUGACUUUGUUGUUCUUUUUACAUGAUUUUUAUUACUUUGUUUUUUAAAAAUGUAUGCAUAUUUUAAAAGUUUACUUCUGUUUUUAGCACUGAUUUUUCUAAAAAGAAAAAAAUGAAAACAAAUUUUAAAAUUCACCUUUUCGAAAACGGUGUCUGUAUGUCAAAAGCUGGAUGCUUUUAACCAUUCCUUUCUCCCACACUUUGGGGAAACAAGAUUAACAAGAAGACUGGAACAAAUUGGUCGGUCAUACAAGACAACUGCCAUAGAGCAGGGUUUGGGUUUUUUUUCAAAUUGUGGGACAGUGACCCACAAAUAGAUGUUAUGGUGCUUCUGGUUGGGUUAUGCAGUGAUGGCUGUUUUUCCUCUGUUGUGCUGACAAUACACAAUAAUGUUGUAUAAUCCCUUUAACAAGCAGGAUUAUUAUUUCACUCUUUACCAAGGAUGGGGAGCCUGAAACCUUCCAGCUGUCAAAAGACUGUGUCACUCAUUAUCUCCAAGCUGAUGGGACCUGGAGGCCAACAGCACCUAGAGUAGUGUUCCCCAAAUUCUGGGCUUCUAUGUCUUUUGGACCUCAGUUCUCAGAGUCCCUGAUCAUUGGCCACUUUUCCACUUGGGACCCUUUUUAACCUAAGAAAUGUUUUAAUGACCCUGAGUAUAUAGAUGUGUAAAAUUAGAAUAAACCAAACAUUUACUGAUAACAAAUCAGCAUUUGCAAAGCUUGCUCAACAGGCUGGUAUUCUUUUUUAUGAAGUAUAGCUGUAGCAUCUGCUGCAGAGUCCAUUGUAAAAACUGCACAACAGUUUCAAGAAAAUGUGUCAAACAGCCGCCACUAGGUGACAUUCAGAAAACUUUUACUAUUGCCAAAUUUUUCAGGACCACAACAUUGAGCUAAUGGGAUUCCCAUUUGAAGUUGAGACCCACAAUUUAAGAAGCAGCAAUAUAGAGGGCCACGUUCCCCAUUCCUGCUCUUUGCCUUGUUUCAGUUCCAGUCAAACACACAGGUUUCAUGCGUAAUUAAAAUUACAAUGAUAACUUUUUCUUUUCUCCUCAUAGUGGGUCAGCCCUUCAGGCAGAAUGUGUGCUAUAGUGGGGCAGGAAUCAUAGGCAGAUUACCUCCAUUUGUAUUCUGACUUGCUAUUGUUCCAGAAAGCAUCCUGCCUUACAAGGCCAGGGACUUCCAUGGCACAGAAUGGCAGCAGCAAUUGGAGCUGCUUUAGAUUUAACACCUCUUGGGGUAAAAGCAGAAUGCAGAAAGGUUACUUUGGGAUCCUGUACACCUCUGGAUUCCUCAUCUAUCAUGAAAUUUUGAGAGUAAAAAGUAAUUUCUGAAAUUGUAGAUAGCAUUGUGGUUGGUAGUCCAGGGUUUCCUUGCUGAGGGACUCAUCAAGCCAACGACCAGUGUGACUUGCGGGGCAUAACAGCCUCUAACCCAGUCGUGCGCAAACUUUAGCCCUCCCGGUGUUUUGGACCUCAGCUCCCACAAUUCUUAAAAAUUGGUCAGCUGGCUGGGACUUCUGGGAGUUGAAGUUCAAAACACCUGGAGGGCAGAAGUUUACCCAUGCCAGCUAUAACCCCAUCUUUGUAUCCCCACAAUGUCACCCCUCCCCCCCACACACACACACACUUUAAAAAAAUCCUAUUUUGUCAUUUAAAACCCCUCCCAGCUACAUUGAACUCACUGUUUUUCAGUCAUAUAGCAGUUAAAAUGGCAGUCAGGGGUUAUGGCAUGUCACUUUUGGUUGUCAUUUCUGCUGGUAUGUGCUUUGAAGAAAGGAAAUUGGGGAAAUAGGUGGGAACAGCACAUACAUUGAGGGUAGAGGAGGUGAAAAAUUGUCCUUCCUAUUUCUCACCCUUGCUCUAACACAGUGGUUCUCAAUCUGUGGGUCCUCAGAUGUUUUGGCAUUCAACUCCCAAAAAUCCUAACAGCUGAUAAACUGGCUGGGAUUUCUGGGCGUUGUAGACCAAAACACCUGGGGACCCACAGGUUGAGAACCACUGCUCUAGCAUCAUGACAAAGAUUAGCAGCAGACAACAACACACUUCCUUCAGCAAUGAGUUUGCCAGUUUUUCAUGAUAUGUUAAGACUGUAACCUUGAUCUAACUCAGUUUUAGGCAACAGUACAAAGAGAACUUGGGUGACCAAUAUCAAAAAGUAGGAUUCCCUUUACCCUUUUCUCUGUGAAUGUAUGUAUAUGUGUGAGAGAGACCGGAAUAUAUGUUACUGAAUCAUUGUGGAUUUCUAGACAGUGGGAAAGUGUUUUGAAGGAAAGGCAUCACAAUAUGUCCCAAACACGUGAAUCAGAUGUCAUUUCACCUGCAGUUUCUCUCCAGUGCUAUAUUUUUAGGUUUCCAGAUCUUUUUCAUGAGCACAUAAAUCUUUAUAUUUUAAAAAAGGCAGUGAGGUUGAAUUGCCUAGGCUGUUGAAUUUUCCCACUGAGUUGCUCAACUUUAUAUACUUUGACGUAGUUGGAAGAGAAAGCAAUAUAUAUAUACUCUCAUGGGAACACAAAAUGAAAGGGCCAACACUCUCAAGCACAAACAACCUAGAAAAUAUCCUCAAGCAUCAGCACUGCAAAUGAAAUUUCUUAGGUUGAAUCAGGCCGGGAUUGUGGCAUUUGGACUGUGCAUAAUUGAGAAUAGUUUCCUGCAUAGGAGUAACAGUGCUAAAAAAAACCAAACCCCUGCAGAGGUGCAAGAUGGCCCUCGGUAGCAUCCAGUGCCACAGGGCAGUUUUAAUGACUUGACAGCAAUGACUCACUGUGUCUUUUUAUCAAGGUUAGCUUGUACAUAUCAUGUAUGGCAACAUAAUUUGUACAUUCAUCUUAAUGUGACUGAUUGCAACAUAAGGCAUGGGGAGGGCAAACCCUAACUUGAUGCUUUUAAUUGUGUCAUUGUAACAAUAUUGUUUCAAGUGUUUUUUUUAAAAAAAACAACAAAACAAAUGCAUGUAAACUAACCUCAUCUCAGGCUCUUUGGAGCUUUGCCUGAUUUGUAUGUACUGACUGGGAAACAAUAAACACUUGUUCUAAAAA